CUGAAUUUUGUUGUUUGUCCAUUAUCCAUGGCUUCUUUACAGUCCGAAGCAGCAGCAGCAGCAGCAGCAAAAGCAGAGGUUGGUGAGUACAACCAUCUUGCAGUGGCAUCGCCGCCGACGAGGAAGUGGCGAUGGGGGCUUGUUUUGGUCAGAUUGGUGGCUUCUUUCGCCACUGCCUCAGCAACCCUUGUGAUGGCUCUUAAUAAGGAGUCCAAAUCUGUUGUUGUUGCCACCGUUGGAACUGCUCCACUCACUGCCACUAUAUCUGCGAGGUUUCAGCACACUCCUGCGUUUAUAUUCUUCGUCGUAGCAAAUGGAGUGGCCACUCUACACAACUGGUUGAUGAUAGCCCUAGACAUCUUCGGACCCGAUUACCGCUUCCAUGGCUUCCGUCUUCCCAUUAUCGCCAUUCUAGACAUGACGACGGUGGCUCUUGCAUCGGCAGGCGACGGCGCAGCGACUUUCAUGGCGGCGCUUGGAAAGAACGGAAAUAAGCACGCUAGAUGGAACAAGAUCUGCGACAAAUUCUCCGCCUACUGCGACCAUGGCGCCGGUGCGCUCAUCGCCUCCUUCGUUGGCCUCUGUCUUCUUCUUCUCAUCAGCUCCAUCUCCAUUAUCAAGCUGCUACACAAACCGAGACCUUCCAUCGCUUCGCCAUAGCCGAUCUGCUUCAAAACGCAGCGUUUCGCUGCAUUCGCCCUUCCGUCGCCAUCUCCAUUACUAUUGUUGCGUUUGGUUGGUUUAAUUUCAUUUCUUUCAGUCCGAACUCCCGUGUGCCAAAAAAUAUCAAAUUGUUGGGCCGUGGUUUAUUUAUUGGGCUUUUGUGUUUCCAGGCCCAAUAUAAAUUGUUGGGCUGAGGUUUAUUUCUUGGGCUUUUGUGCUUUCAGGCCCAAUAUAUAUUUUAUGGGGAAAAAAUUGUGUAUUUUCCUUUU